UGACAAAAAUAAUAGACUUGUCUUCUCUAAACUCUGUCUUAUACCUGUCACCCUGAGUUAUCCUUCUUCAGCUUCUAGCUUCUCACCAAACCUAUAUAUAUUAAAUAACCCCAAAACUUUGGAGGCAAUACACAUCAAAGACAUAAUGUCAAAGUCCAAACCUUAUGCUGAUCUUCCUAUUUUGGACAUUUCACAGCCAAUACAGCCAUCUUCUCUAACCUCUCUCUCUAGAGCCUGCAAAGACUGGGGAUUUUUCCACAUAAUCAACCAUGAAAUCUCCAAAGAUCUUUGCAGCCAGCUCCAUUCAUUAUCCAAAUACAUCUUCAACCUCCCUUCUGAUACUAAGCUUAAGCUUGGUCCUUUCUCUUCUAUAAAAUCUUACACCCCUCACUUCAUUGCUUCUCCAUUCUUUGAAAGCCUCAGAAUUAAUGGACCGAACUUCUAUGUUUCUGCAAAGAGCUCUGAAGAUAUCCUGUUUCAGGAACAGAGUUCAAAAUUCAGUGAGACACUUGAGGAAUAUUGCAGUAAGAUGGCAGGUUUGUCAGAAAAUAUUCUGAAGCUUGUGUUGAUGAGCUUAGGGGAUGGCUUUGAGAAGUUGUUCUAUGAUUCUGAAUUCAAGAAGUGCCAUGGUUACUUGAGGAUAAACAACUACUCUGCUCUAGAAGCAGAAAAAAGUGUGGAAGAUCAAGUUGAGGGUCUUGGGAUGCACACUGAUAUGAGCUGCAUUACUAUCCUAUAUCAAGAUGAAAUUGGAGGGCUUCAAGUUAGAUCACAUGAUGAUGAAGGAAAGUGGAUUGACAUAACCCCAUCUGAAGGGUCCCUUGUGGUGAACAUAGGAGACAUGAUGCAAGCUUGGAGCAAUGACAAAUUAAGAUCCUCUGAGCACAGAGUUGUUUUGAAGCAACCUAUGAAUAGAUUUUCAUUGGCUUUCUUUUGGUGCUUUGAGGAUGAGAAGGUAGUUUUGGCACCAGAAGAAGUGGUUGGAGAAGGAAACAAGAGGGUGUAUAGCCCUUUUGUGUGCUCAGAGUAUUUGAAAUUCAGAGAGAACAAUGAAAGAGGAAGAUUUGAGAAGGUGGGUUACACAGUCAGGGAUUUUGCUGGGAUCAAGAUUUGAAAUGGAUGCAAGAGUGAAAAAAAUAAUCAAUUUCAUCCCACAGAUAGUAAUUUGUGCUUGCUCAGAGUUUGGUAUAUGGUGCUCUUCUAAGAUGUGAAACUAGUAUAUAUAAUAAGUAGAGAAAGACUUUGCUGGUCUUCAAUUGUGUAUGUUGAAAUGUUAUUAUUUAUGUGUUGUUUUAUAGUGAAAGAGAACAACAAACUGUUAGCUUUAUAUGGGUUAUAGAAUUUGAUCAGGUGUUGGUUGUA